GCCCCGCUUGGGCCUCCCGCCGCCGCACUUUCACUCUCCGUCCGGCCGUGUCCCUGCUGCCUCCUUCCUCCUUGUGUCCGCCGCUCGCCAGCCGCGCGCGACAUGGAUGCCAAGGCUGUCGCCGUGCUGGCCCUCGUGCUGGCCGCGCUCUGCCUCAGCGACGGGAAACCCAUCAGCCUGAGCUACAGAUGUCCAUGCCGAUUCUUUGAGAGCCACGUUGCCAGAGCCAAUGUCAAGCAUCUCAAAAUCCUCAACACUCUUAACUGUGCCCUUCAGAUCGUGGCAAGACUGAAGAACAACAACCGACAAGUGUGCAUCGAUCCGAAAUUAAAGUGGAUUCAGGAAUACCUGGAGAAGGCCUUAAACAAGUAAGCCCAACAGCCGCAAAGGACUUUCCGCUAGACCCUCUUGAGGAAAGCUAAAGGGAUGAAGGGCAGAGGUGUGGGGGAGGAAGGCCUGAACUGUUAAGGACCAGGCAUGCCUGUGGGAUCAGCAUUGGCCUGGGACAGGCUGGCGGUCUGCCCCAUAUAUGAACAACUGCAAUUUACAGCAUCCGGUAGGAUAUUGCCACUGACGUUCAACCACGUCCCGUUCCCUUGUACCUGGAUUUUUUAUAACUGGGGUUUUUCUAAGAAAUUGUAUUUUCCAAGCAACAUUUCUCACCAGUUGGUUCUCUCAUGGUCAUCAUCAUCAUCACCAUUUUCAUUCUCUUUUUGAAAGUCAAUGAUUACUUCAAAAUCUGUAUUCGGUUUGUUUUGGAAUUUUUUCUCUUCUCUCUCGGAGAAUCUGUGAGCACAGUUCAGUGAUGGGCACAUGUGGAUGCCGAAACAGUGUCCUGGGGGCACCCCUCCUGGACUCAAAGCCCCAUGUGAGUCCCUCUCACACCCCCCCAGUGCCAAGCCAGAGCUCCAAACUUCCCCUUCUUCUUCAAGUUCAAGUUCGGUGAUUGGCUCUGCCGGCUCCACAGUGGAAGCCGCUGUCACUGCAGACUGUGAGAGAACAACCCUCCUCUCCUCCCCUACCCCACUCUGGCCAUUCCCUGGCUCUCCCUGCCCCAAAGAGCAUGCUUUCAUCUCACUUCUGCUUCUCACUUCUGUAGCUGAUCAAAUGCCACCCUGGUGGGGAGGAGGAAGAUCGCUGGGGGUCCUGCCCUCGAUCCUCCUCCUCCCUUUCUCCCCUCCUCCUUGGGCCCUCUGUGAGAUCCUUCCAUGGCCUCGGCUAGGAUGGAACUGGCCUUUUCCUGGGGGACGUGCGAUCACAUCCCUGCCUUCCCACAAAAGACAAGUCUUUGCCGAAUCAAAUGCAAUUUUAAAUUGGAGCACUUCUGUCGAGGAGUUUGGUUUCUGUGAUUGCCUCUGAAAGAAGCCUCUGGAGGUUCUACCAACUCUGAGGUUUCUGAAAUCAGAAGUGAAAAAAUUAGCCCCUCCUCCUGUAGCCACAACAGGUGUUUUAGAUUCCAAUCAGAAAUGUUGAUGGGAUGAAAUUCCCAGGCAUAUAUUUGAUCCACAGAUGGUCCUGGUGGUAUUUGUAAGUUUUUGCAAGGCAUUUUUUUCAUAUAUAUAUUUUUGUGCACACUUUUUUUUUUUACCUUUCUUUAGAAAACAAAUGUAUUUCAGAAUAUAUAUACAGCCAGACAAUUCAUAUAUUUGAAGUUGAGCCAUAUAAAUGUCAGUAGGUUCCCUUUUUUCUAUUAUCUUAAAGUACUGGCAGUCUGUAAAGAAAUAUAUAUAUGAUAUAUAAAUGUGAAUGCAGCUUUUUAAUGUUAGCCACAGUGUAUUUUUUCACUUGUACUAAAAUUGUAUCAAAUGUGACAUUAUAUGCACUAGCAAUAAAAUGCUAAUUGCUUCAUGGUAUAGACCUCCUACUGUAUGUGGGAAUUUAUUUACCUGACAUAAAAUUCAUUAGUUUUUAGAGAUGGAACUCAUAUACAUUUCUGAGGUUUAUCAAAGGAAGCUACCUUCUGGCCAGGUGCCUUAAAUCCCUUUUGUGGAGUCCAAGUGUGACUGUGCAUGGGGUUUCUCAGAAGAUGAUUAGAUGUUUAGCUCGAAUUUUUCAUCUUUUCUUGUUGUUGUUUAACCCAAUGGAACUAGCAUUGUUAGUUUUCUGAAGAAUAAUAUUAUAAUAUUUGGCUCACUAAUUCCUCUCCCCCUCCUUGGUUCUCCUAACAUCGCCAUGUAAUCCCCAGAGACUCAAUCCCAUAAUAUCAAGCUCUCGCAUUUUCCCAUGUAAAAAUCCAACAUGGCCAAUGGUUAAUCUCAAGCUUUCACAGGAACAGGUGGCCUUACCUCAUAAAUCAUUCAAUACCAUUCAGCUUGAAUCAUUUUAACGUGACAGUCACGAGCCAGUUGCUCUAAUAAAGUUCUGCUAACCAGCUCUCUCCGCUGUUCUCCAGAACAAUCCCAGUCAUUCCAGGGGUGUCCCACGGUCAGGAGGUGGUGGGAUAGAGGACUUUCCGGUCUUCUCCGGGAUGCCCCUCUCAACCCUGGGCCUCUGACCUCCAGAGCUCCCUCCAGAAAAGUGGAGAUAUUUUUAGACAGCUCUGCCUUGCAAAGGUUGGCUCUGGAGAAGGAAAACUGAUGCACACAGGCCUUGGAUGGGAAUCCGGGAGCUGCAUCGGGAGCAGCAGGCAUUGCAGGGUCAGACCGGCAGGCGAGCAUUCUCUGUGGCCCGUCCACAGCUGUCACAGAAGCCCCGUUGAAUGCAUUUCAAAUAGGGGACAGUUUCUCGUUUACUUUAAUGAAUUCCUGAUGAGCAGUUUUUAGUCCAGGGGCCCCUCGGGCAUGGGCUGCUGGUGAAUAUUGUGCAGACUGGGGCAGACUUUUGUCUAUUUCACCCACAGUAAUGGCUCUACUGAUUUUAUCUAAGGGGGCACAGAGAAGAAAAAGUGGGGAGAAAAGAAAAGAUAGGAAAAAAGAAGCAACAGAAGAAGAGAAAGGCUGCCCAGAAAAGGAAAAACUAGUUCUCUGCUACCUGGAGAUGGACCCCGGUGACUGCUGCUCUUGUCUCCCUGGUGCUUUGUAGAUUUGCUCUUAGACCCAGCUGCCUGCUCAGGGGGUGCUCAGACUCCUGGCAGGGGGUGGCACGUUGACCCCUACAGCUGGCACCUGCGCGUUGCAUGUAUGUGCUUUCCAAGGCCCUUCCUGGUUGCUGAGUUAUGAAGAAAGUAGUCGUGCAGAGGCGGGGACUGAGAGCUGUGCCAUGGAGUCUCCAUGCUCCUGAUUCGUUCUAGAAGGGCUAGGGGGUUCCAGAAUCGCCAAGGUUGGCUCACCCUCCACCCACCCUCUAUGAAGGUACCCAGGUAUUGGAUGCUAGCUAUUGGCAGCCCUGCCUGGUUGGGGCUCAGAAGCUCAGGAAGGAGGCCUCUGCCAGGAAAGGGGGUGCCUGUGCCUCACGGUCUCUCGUUCCCCGGCUCGCACUGCCCAACCCGGUCUCCCCGGGGGCCGAGCUGAGGCCGUGCCCUUUGUAGAUGAUAGCUGACCUCUCUUAGCACCUGCUGCAGCUGUUCCUGUGUCCCAUGCCACCCUGCCAGUGCGAGCAGAACUUGCUCAGCCCACCCUCUCUGGGCCCGGAUCCAUGUGAGCAGCUGUCCGUCCGAGCAGGGGUGCUGCAGCUGUGUUGUGGGGUGAGCAGGAGGGAGUUCUGAAUUCCCCGAGAGCCCAUGUGGAAAUGCCUCUCAGGGAGCCCUGCUCUGGGCAAUUCAUUUGGCAGCUUCUUUAAAGCAGGGUCCCCGAGACUCCCAGGCGUGGAGGGCAGAUGCGUUGUGUGAAGCACUCCUGGGGGCACCCCCACUUCUGUGGGGAGGGUCUCCCUGAGGAUGUGUGAUUGGGCUCCCGGGCACAGCACCCCAGCCUGCACUUGCAGGAAAUGUCUGCUUCAAGUGUAAGUUCUAGAACCCGCCUUCCUCUGCCCUGGCCCCUGCCCUGCAGAUUUAUGCCUGAGAGUUUUCUUGCCAAGUCUCUGACCUGAGAGGUGGCCCCUGCACUGAAUGUGGGUGGCACAUGGGCGGCCAGGCCCCUGUGUCAGUAGCUGCAAGAAAGGACACCCUGAGUUUCUUGACUCUUCCUCCAGCCCCAGACACACAGAUGAAUUCACCCCACACUCCAAACCACUGCCCUGGUCCGAUGGUAACAAACAGACCCAUGAAGUUGGCGGAAGAUGGAGCAGAAGGAUUUCAGGAGGAGAAAACCCACAGGGGUCCCUGCGUGUCAGGGAAGGCAGGGUCAAAGGGCGCCAGGCCCCCCUGGGCGAGUAUGUUACAAGUCGAUCCGUUCCUUCUCUUCGUUGAAAAAGCAUCCAGGAGGGUUCUGUGGCCCCAGAGGACCACUUGUCCCUACUGCUGUCCCUUUCAUCUGGAAAACUCUCCCAGCCUGCACUGCUAGCAGCCCCAAACCCUGGGCAUCGUGGGGUGCCACCUUCUGCUUUCCAGGGCACUGAAGAUGCCUGGCUGUGCCUGGACGUUGCUGGGUGAUCCGGCUCGGCCUGUGUGCCCCAUCCCCAUCACCGCUCUGGGUCUAGAGAGGGUGGCUGGUCUAUCUGGGGACACCAGGAAGGACUGUUUGCCCUCUGGCAACAGUGGGCUCAGCUAAUGCAACCCUGAGGUGCCAACUGAGCUUUCUGCAGCACCCAGGGGGAUGCCACCUCUGUCGCAUACCAUGUCCCACCCACCCCAUGCCCGGGGGAGCCAGGCUGCAGGGACUCCAUGUGUGGACCCCUUGCUGACAGUGUGCUGGAUGAAGCUCCUGUCCUCUUGACCUGUGACUCCACAAGCCCUGGCCAGCCCCUGGGUGCCUCACCCCAUCCUGCCAAGUGACUUAUGAAGCUCCUAAAAGUGGCCCUAGCCGAGCCCUGCUGAAGACAGAGAUGAAGUUACUGACCAGGGUGUCACAGAAGAGCUGGAAAUGGGUUCCGCUGUGAGGUUGCAACUUGAAAAUGAUUCUGCUCAUCUGAAUGUGGGAGGAACAGCCGGGUGGUCCUGGGACCCUGCCAAGGCCCACGGGCAUUCAGGGCGGUCCCCUGGCGGGUGGUGGAGGAGGAGAAGGGGCCUGUGGGAUCUGUUGGUGUGAGAUGGUGGGGAGCGCGUCCCAGGGGGCUCGGCUCACAAGCUGAACAGACUGGAGGUGCUGGGACACACAGCCUCCAGGCCCUGCCCGGGUUGGGCCCCCAGCAGCCAGAGGCCCCCCACUCUGUGUAAGUACGGGUCUCCAUGGAUGCUCCAUUCCCUCCAGCUGGGCAGUGGUGCCAGCCUAAUGCACUGUGUUUCUUUAAGCAACGUGGCCCUGUCUUGUUACCUGUCAUACCCCGUGUCCGCUGACUGUCUGCCCAUGCCCCGUGCUUGGUGGUGCCACAUCGUCUCUGCUUUCCCUGCCUUCCACCCGGCUCCUCCCUCUGCUUGAGCCAUGGCUGCUCUUCCACUGGCCCUCGCCCUCCAUCAGGGCCUCUGAGAGGCGACGUAUGGCAUGCGAUUUUGAAGCAACCAUUGGGAGGCCAGCCCCGGGGUUGUGGCUGGAGGCAGGGCCACCUCUGCCCGCUCGCCCUAACGGUGUGUCACUCUGUUCUUCCUUGACAGGAGGUUCAAGAUGUGAAAGGUGCAGGGCACGUCAGACACCUGUGGGAGCCUCACAGUGGGAGCCCCGGUCUGCAAAACAGUGUUAGGGCAGGGGCCGGGCCAUCUGCAUUUGUCAAGGGCUUUAUUUUGCACUCUGCCUUAUGUUCACCAUUGGAUUAUGUAGCAAAAUAUGUAGCAAAAUAUGUAGCACCCAUGGUCGAGCCCCAGGAUGGAGAGCCGUGCGGGAGACCUCAUGGUGGGGUCACAGACCCAGGCAGUGCUCUAGUGAAGCCUGCCCUGUGCCCUGUGGGUGGGCAUUGGAGGGUGAGGUCUUAGGGGACGUUUCUCCAAAUAACAUCUGAGGUUUCCCUGAGCUGAGGCCAGAGGGUGAGGCCAGGUUAGAGCAAGCAGCAGCCGGGCCUCGAGCUGUCAUCUCCAUCCCAUCAUGUUCUUGUCAUCAUUGUUUCUCAUCCAUCAUCCUGUGCAUCCUGUGUGUCCGAGACUGUCUCCCUGACCCUGCAAAAGGACUCUUUCCAGACCAAAGCUUGCAUUUAAACUGAGCACUGAGAAGCAGUUCAAAAUGCUUCAUCUUCCGGUCCUGAAAACAACCGUGCACAUCUGUGUCUCACGUGGAAUAUUGUCUGUUGUCCCAUCCUGAGCUUUUUGUUCAAACGUCUCACCCCCCACCAAUGUCUCGGGGUGCUUGUACUGUCUGUUCUCCGCAUGCAAAGGCUGGGAGUGAGGGGAUCCCCUAGGGGUCUUGGGGCCCUAUUCCCGCUUAGGGCUGUGAUCCCUUUGGGUUGCCCUGCCUUGGUUUCCCUGCUGAUCGCAAAACCAUCCUGGAUUGCAGCACAAGGGAACUUGGUUUGCAGCAGCACGACUGACCUGGAGGAUGUACCAGCUACGUGCCUGUGGUUGUAGAUAUCUUAAAAUGUAGAGUUUUGCUUUCAUUAUGCCAAGCCCAGCAGUGUUUGGGGCAUCAAAAGAAAAGAAUUCUCAACCCUUUCUUUUUUAAGUGCAACCCAUCGAAGACUCAGUCCUGCAUAUGAAGUUUCCUUCCCAUUAAAAUUUAAUCCCAUCUUUUCCACCAUUUGAAAAGCCCAUCAUCUCUCCCCUUACUCAAUGGCCUAGCCUUCCUGGGCUGUAUCAUGUCACUCCGUGCUGGCAGGGAGCUGCUGAGACAUCCAUUUUGGCAUUCCUCUAAGAAAACGAUGGCAUAUUUGGAAAAUUUGGUUAAAACCCUUAACGUUCAGGUUUCCCUUUGAGUGAGGGUAGCUUGUAGAGUUGCAUUAACCAUUUUUAAAAUUUCACUUUUUAAAAGGUAGGCACUUCAGGUUUUUGUUUGCUUGCUUUGUUUUUCAUUUGCUCUCACUAAUACUUCCCCCUUUGUUUCAAAUAUGCAAAAUUAAGAAAGUGAAAAAAUAAAGGGCAAAGCAAGGAAAUAUAUUGGUUGAUAGGGUGCUGUAUGUAAAAUGUGGAAAGUAAGAGUAAAGUGAUCUUGACUGGUAGGUAUUCUUAGAUUUAAUAGUCUACAGGUCGUAAGUAACCUGUGUUAGGUAUUUGUUUUAAAUUGGAUCUUUAUGGUAAAGAUGGCAAAUCCGUCAACCAAAAUUUCUCUGUAAUUUAAACAAAAAUUCACAUCCAUAAACUGACUUUUUAUAUUGAAAAUAUAGAGUAUGGAAAACCUUUCUUAAUUAUAAAGAUACAGGAGUGAUAUUAAACCCCUGUUUGAAAUUAACCUGGCUCUACAAUGCUCCUAAAUUACACAGGAAAUAAUUGCAUUUUGAGUGGGGCAGGUAUUUUGCAGGUGAUCCAAGAUUUUUAAAAAUCUCUCAUGGAAACUUUGACAGCAUCUUCCCUUGGAAUCCAUGGACUCUGGCUCUGUGGAAAUAAAUCAACCCUAAAUCUUGACUGCAGUCAAGAAUCAUUUCUGUUACUCCCUCCCAUAGGGACGAAAAAAAAAAAAAAAAA